AUGGCGAAUGUCGAUUGCGAAGAAUAUAUGUUGGUGGAUCUUGAUGAGGUGGGAGUUUGGGAUUUAUGUUGGAUUCUAAUCUGCGAACACAUGGGAGCAAGAAGAUUCAUAAAAUCUAACAACGACAAGGAGUUGGAUGGAACAUUCUUUCGAAGGUUCAUUAUCUUCAUCUCCAUUGUCAUCAUUAAAGUUAUCAAACUGUUUUCCAAAACCCUAGAACGUUUGGGGUGGCUGGUUGAGUCUUCCCUCAACCUCUGGACGCAGUACGGUAGCUUCUCCAUGCUCGUCUCCAAAACAUUACGAGGGAAGAACGAGGAACUACGUCGAAUGUCGCCCGAUUUUUCGUCUGUAAUUGGGUUGACAGAUACACGACUGGAUUUGGAUGAUGAAAUCACACAGGAAGAUCCACGAUACAAGAGUGCACUAGCGAUCAUGGCUGCCAAAACUGCAUAUGAGAACCCAAAUCGUGUCCAGAAAAUAGUCCAUGAUCAUUGGAAGAUGGAUUUCGUAGGGUUUUACAACUACACAGUCGAGAAGAGACACCCAACGCAAGCGUUUAUAUUCAGCGAUAAAACUGGUGAUCAUGAGGUAAUCUGCGUUUCCUUCCGAGGAACAUCACCGUUCAGCGCAGAUGAUUGGUGUACGGAUCUUGAUCUUUCAUGGUACCAUCUUCGUGGCGUCGGUAAAGUCCACGCAGGUUUCUUGAAAGCCCUAGGGUUACAAAAGAACAAAGAAGGGCACCCCUCAUGGCCUAAAGAACUCAAAGAAGACAACAAACCCAAUGAUAGAAUCUUCGCUUACUACGAAAUCCGAAAAGUCCUUCGAGAACAACUCCAGAGAAACGAAGAUGCACGAUUCAUCGUCACCGGCCACAGUCUAGGUGGUGCACUUGCAGUCUUGUUUCCAGCAAUAUUGGGGUUCCAUAAAGAGGUGAAGUUGCUUGAAAAGCUUGAAGGUGUGUAUACAUUUGGACAGCCUAGGGUUGGAGAUCAUAAGUUCUGUGAGUACAUGAAACAAUUGUUGGGUGCAAGAAGAUAUUUCAGGUUCGUUUAUGCAAAUGAUAUUGUGCCAAGACUACCAUUCAGUGACUCCAUCUUUCAGUUCAAACACUUUGGCUACUGUUAUUACUUCAAUAGCUUCUACAAAGGACAGGUUAUGGUAAAAGAACCUAACGAGAAUUAUUUCUCAGUCCCAUUAAUACCAUUCAAGUACUUGAAUGCCGGUUUCGAAAUCGUAAGAAGUUUCAUAUUACCGUAUGCGUACGGAAGAGAUUACAAAGAAGGGAUCCUUCUUUUGGGAGUUCGAUCAUUUGGGAUGCUGUUCAUUCCUGGAGUAUCUGCUCAUUGUCCUCAAGAUUAUGUCAAUCUUACUCGAUUGGCUUCUCCUGAUACUUUCCAGCAUGCAUUGCAAGAUGAUCAGUACUUUGAUGAAUGA